AUUAAGAGAUUCUUCUCCUAUUCGUAACUCUUAGUUUCAUACCUCCUACUUCAUCUCCUUACUUUACUAGAAAUAAAUAAGAAUUGGUUUAAACUGCUUCCAGCCUUCCAUCCACCACCUGCAAAUGGUUUAACCUCUGACAACUUUAGUGUAUUAUAACAGCUUAUCAUUAUCAACUGGCUAUCAAUUUUCAAUACCAACAUUAAGAUCAAUUAUACUUAUAACAGUGCUGCAGGUGGACACACUAAUGAUUUGGCACAGGAGUCUCACAGAAUGGGACUAUCCUUCAGUGAUAUAAUGCUGAAUAUGAUAUAUAUGAUAAUGAUAUAAUAAUCAACCCUUGUACCUUCUUUAGAUUGUUCCCCAAUUUGCCCAGGAUUAGAGGGAAAAGCCUAUAUGAUGCUGGUAUUGACAGGAUUGCCCCCCCGCCUGAAAUCAUGAAUAUAGACCUUCUCUGAAAAAAGCAAUGGUCUCAGUAACUUUGAUUCAGAUCCUUGGUAAAUUGAGACCAGGGCAUAGAUUAUUGAUUUCUGCAUUCAACAAACAACAUAUGUGCCUUAUGUGAACUGAACACUAUUCAAGAUACUGAGGAUACACAAACAUGAAACAGUUUUAUUUCUGUUAUGGCAAACUAUUAGUCAUCGGAUAUAUUCAUUAGAAAUGUGAUUGGGCAGCUGGUGAUGCUUAGGUGGGAGAUUGGAUCAAAAAUUAUCUGAGAUCCCCUCCAACUCUAAGAUGAUAUGAUUUUAUAGAUUAUAUCCCCACAUCAAAGAACUGUUGCCUCACAUUUAAAGAAGAAGAAAGGAGGAACAUGAACCAGACCAACCAGACCUGGGUGACAGAAUUCCUCCUCUUGGGACUCUCUAAUGACCCUCAGACUCAGGUGUUGCUUUUUGUAUUGUUCCUGGGGGUCUACCUGGUUACUGUGCUUGGAAGCUUACCCCUCAUCUACCUAGUUUUGACUGACUCACAGCUCCAUAUACCCAUGUACUUUUUUCUAUGCAACUUGUCUGUAGCUGACCUUUGCUUCUCUACCAACAUUGUUCUCCAGGCCAUGAAUCAUAUGCUGACCAGAAAAAAGGUAAUUUCCUUCAUGGGUUGUGUUGCUCAGCUUUUUCUUUACCUCAUUUUUGGAGCUACCCAGUGUGCCUUAUUAGCUGUAAUGUCCUAUGACCGGUACUUGGCCAUCUGUGAUCCCAUGCAUUAUCCUAUCAUUAUGACGAGGAGGAUGUGUAGCCUUUUGGCCUUGGGGUGCUGGAUCAGUGGUAUUUUAAUAUCCUUGGUGGACACUACAUUCACAAUACAUCUUCCCUUCAAAGGAGACAACAGGAUUGCUAAUUUCUUUUGUGAAGCCCCUGCCCUCCUUGAUGUGGCAUCUGCAGAUACUCACAACUCACAAAUGGUUAUUUUCCUCAUGGGUGUGGUGAUUCUUCUUGCACCUGUGUCCCUGAUCCUAGUCUCCUAUGGCUCUAUUAUAGUAACUGUGGUCAGGAUGAAGACAACCUCUGGGAGACUCAAGGCAUUCUCCACCUGUGGCUCCCACCUCCUUGUAGUCAUCCUUUUCUAUGGAUCCGCAAUAAUUUCCUAUAUGACCCCCAAAUCCUCCAAAGAACAGGCCAAACUGGUUUCUGUGUUCUAUGCUGUGAUUAACCCUAUGCUUAACCCUCUCAUCUAUAGCCUGAGGAACAAGGAUGUGAAAAGGGCAUUCAGAAAUGCAACCAACAGGGGGAAACCCUGUAGACCCUGA